CUCACUAACCUUUCGUCUUCAUAUGAUGCUCUCUGGCUUUCCCACGAGAUAAACUUACACGGGUGAACUAAACGAGCAAUUGAAUUUUGACUUUUCAGUAGUUCCAGACGACAUGCUACGUAACUUGACCGCGCACUCGCCAAUUACAAAUCACAAAAAAAACCUCAUACGUGGCAGAGGACAAGAAACACAGUGGCUGGCGGGCAAGACGUACUGUCGAUAUCGGAGAGUUUCCUGGCUUCCAGAGUCCCCUCUGUUGCUGUCGGGCUUGCCGGAGACUUCCGCCGCUGUCCUCCCACUUACCUGUUUCGGCUUGGCGCUUCGACUCCUGGAAGGCCUGCUUCGAGCGUGCAGAUCGCCUUGCUCCAGCAAGAAUCUGGAUCAGCGAAUCACUGGAAAGGAGCGGAAUGAAUGCGGGCAUCAAAAUGAAUACUUGCCUCGGCACUUUUCGAGUUUUGGUCUUCCGAGGACGUUUUUCCGGCCUUGGACGGAGGAAGGCCGAAGUCAAGUCUGGUUCGUUCCAGUCUCAGGAGCGCUGGAGGCCAAUCAUACGGUUUGUUCUAACGCCACACACCUCAUCUGCAUGCACUCGAAGCGUGAGCAUGGUCUGAGCCAGACUUUCGAAACCUUUUUUUUGAGUUGGCGCUCUGCUGGCCCAUGAUUGGCAGGUGGCACACCCUCUCUCAUUACGACUUGGCGCGGUCACGAUGCGAUCAACUCAACAAUUCAACAGAGGAUUGCUGAUCGAAGGAACCUGAUCCUGCCGCUCAGGUUGCUGAAUGGGUGAGCAAGGCCGGCGAGUCGCGAACUGGUGCGAACAAGAGAUUGAUAUCGUACACCGUAUCGACUAUAGUGGCAAGUUUCUGGCAAGAUCUUGUUUACAGGCCGUGUUGAUGAAACCCCUCACCGUGCUUUCUAUUAAUAAUUGCGAGUCUAGAUCUCCAGGCAGC